GCUUGUUGGUUAAACUCGUACAUAUAUAAUUUGUGUAGACCCACCGACCUUCGAUACCAACAAAUAUUAGAUGCCGGUGGAUUGAUUGCAGUACUUAAAUCAUAAUCCUCCAUGCCCCCACCCCAUCGUCUUCUCCAUUUCCAUCUUCAAUUUAAUUCACACCUUCUUUUAAGUUUUACCUACCACAUCCUGCAUUUCACUCAUGGAGUAACACCUUCUCAGUUCUCACAUCAUCAGUGGAACCUUCGUAGUUCGUACUCAGAUUUUGCUCCUUGAUCAACGUGACGAUCACGUCAGUCUCAUUCACAAUUUGCCUCUCAUUUAUUGGCUCUGAAACUCUCUACAGACUGAUUCAGUAUUAAAAAUCACAACUGGAAGACGUAACGUAACUCGUAAGGCUAAUUGAUUUCUGAUCUCUGAUUUCUGAAUCACCCUCGGGACUUUUGAGUUACGACAUUGAUUAAUUGGAUCGAUCAUCGUGGUAUGGGGAAUUGUCAAGCGGCGGAGGCGGCGACGGUGGUUAUUAUGCAUCCAGGAAACAAGAUCGAGAGGAUUUACAAGUCGGUUAGUGCUCGACACGUCAUGAGUUUAAACCCUGGCCAUUACGUCGCCGUUGUCAUGACGUCGCAAUCCGAGAAUGGAUUGCCGGUGAAACAGCUCAAACUUCUCCGGCCAGACGAUCCGUUGGUUAUCGGUAAAGUUUACCGAUUAAUCUGUUUCGAAGAUGUGUUGAAAGAGUUUGCCGCGAAGAAGUGCGUGAAACUAGGGAAGUUGUUGAAGGAAAGAGGAGUGCUCGUGUUGGAGAAGAAAGGCCUUGCCGGAGCUCCGACGAAGGCACCAAAUGCAAAUGCAAAUGCAUCCUCCGUGAAGAGCCACAAGUUGCAGCGUGACAAAAAUAUCAGUAUCAGAAACAGAAACAGACGUCAUCAUCAACAACAUCAAUGGAAACCGGCCUUGAAUAGUAUUUCUGAAAAUGAAGAUUGAAGAAAUUUCCAGGGUGCUUUAUCAUAAACUUGCACUUACUUGAUAGUUAAUAGUUUAAUGUAGAUGGAGAUUUUUGGGGUCUUUAAGUUUAUUGUAGUGUAAAAAUGUUUGGCUAAGUUGAUUUCAUCUUUCUUCUUGUGAACAAUAUCAGUAUUGCA